CUGGUUUAUGUAUUAGAGAAAUCGGAAACCCUGAUGCAAUAUUAAAGAGUUUCCCAUGUGGUUUAAAAUCCGGACCAUAUUAGAGUUCACUAGGAAACCAUCUCCUCACCUGCUCAGCGGAGCUCAGGAUUACUCAGACUUUCCCUUUUGCUUCUGGGAAGGAUCUGUCUCUGUAAAGCGGCCGGAGAGCUGGUUCCUUUUCUAAAAGGCUGUGGAUGAAAAGGAAAAAGCUUCCUGCACGGAUUAGUCCGAGGAGCCCGGUAAGGAGAGGAUGCUGAGCCAGAGCGGCAACAGCGCCAGGAGUCGAGAUGUGUUUGGACUCCGGUGUCUUCCAGGCGAAUGUGUCCUUCAGAGGACCGCCAUGGUGAGGAAGAAGCUGACCGCCAGGGAAGGCAGAGGAUGGCUCUCUGGUACCCUCUUCUGUACCCACUUCAGAGUGGCUUUUGUUCCCCAGGACGGCCCCAAAGCCGACGACAAUGCAGACCCCAUCCUUCUGGGAGAUCAUGACAUCGCCCUGGCGUCCAUAGAGAAAGUGGUUGCUGUUGGACCCAACAGGACCAAACUGGUGACCCCAAACUCCUCCUUGAAGUUCACUCCAGAGGAACUGGUCCUUUACUGCCGGGACAUGCGAGUCAUGUGCUUCCUGUUUGACCGCCUGACUCCUGACGCACAGGUCAUAGAGAUAACCUUCACCAUCGCCAAGACCUACCAGCCUCUGAGACCCGGGUCCGUUUUAUCUUUCCAGAACGCCGCCCUUGGGAGUGUGGAAAUGAAACAGUUUCUAAGCAACCGCCGCAGAGACUCCCACAUGAACUGGUUUGAGUCGGCCGCGGACUGGGAGCAGGAGCUGGAGAGGUGCGGGGCCACGAGCUGGAGGGUCAGCUCCGUCAACGACCGCUUCGAGAUGUCCAACAGCCUGUCCAAGUACAUCGUGGUCCCUCACAAGGUUUUGGACACGGAGCUGAAGAAGAGUUUCGCCCACUUCAACGAAGGACGGAUCCCUCGCUGGUGCUGGAGGCAUCCCAGAGGCAGCGAUCUGCUGCGCAUGUCCAGCUUUCAGUACAACAUCUACCACGAGAAGGACGACCUCAGGAACCUGGAGUUGGUCCUGUUCGGGUGUCAGUCCUCCCUGUGCGUGGUGGUGGAGUUGGGGGAGGAGCUGCCGUCGCCUGCCGACAUCCAGCUGGCACACAGCCGUCUGCGAGCUCUUUGUCUGGGAGAUAUCUCCACGUCUGUGUCUGUGCCUGACGACAAGUGGCUGUCCACGCUGGAGAGCACCCGCUGGUUGGACUACAUCAGGUCAUGUCUGAGGAAAGCUUCGGAGGUUUCCUGCUUGCUUCGCAGUGGUCACCUGACUGUGGCCCUGCAGGAGGUGGAGGACCGCGACAUGGGCUGCGUGGUUUCCAGUCUGGUCCAGGUGAUGUGCGACCCCCACUAUCGGACCCAGCACGGCUUCCAGGGCCUCAUGCAGAAGGAGUGGGUGAUGGCCGGCCACCGCUUCUACAGCCGUAUCAACUACCACCGAGACAGCGACAAGGAGGAGUCUCCAGUCUUCCUGCUCUUCCUGGACUGCGUCUGGCACCUGUGGUUCCAGUUUCCAUCACGUUUCCAGCUAACAGACGACUUCCUGCUGGCCCUCCAUGACAGCGUCCACCUGCCGCUCUUCUCCACCUUCCUGUCCAACUGCCAGCGGGAGAGAUGCAAACGUUCCCAGAACGUCAGCCAAUCCUACACGCCUGUUAACGGUUGGAGGGAUAUGCUGAGUCCGCACUCUUCCUCGGAUCCAUUGGACCCGCCUCUGCCACCGGUUUGGGACUGGGCCCUGCAGUACAGUCAGGAGAGGCGAGAUCGCUUUAGUCAGAGCGUCGUGGCGGCGCCGCCGCUCCAGGCGCUGCUGAACGGAAACCUCAACACCAACCUGGACGCACACCUGCUUGCAGACACCAUCCCCGGCUCGGUCUUCCUGCUCUCCAGGGGAACCUUCACCUGCCCCCCCAACCUGCCUCCCUGGCGCAGCGGCUCUUCAGGCGUUUACAAAAAGAGCCACCGGAGGGCGCUGUCUUCGGAGAUCGUGCCUGGCCUGGAGAGGCUGCUGAAAGCGUGGUCCCUGGCCGACGUCCCCCAGAACCCGGCCGCCGUGUCGGGACCAAAGGGAGCUCUGGAUCCAUGCGAGCCCCUGCUGCCCCUCCUGAUGGGUCCGUGCAUGAGCCUGUGGAGGGAGUGCUACCUGCGGGGGGCGCUCCACGCUCAGGCCUUCUCCCAUCCCGUCUCGUCCCACCGGCGCCACCCGGUGGACCGUCUGGCCGAGGAGGUGCAGCAGCUCAAAGAUCAGCUCGCCCAGCUCUCCAGCAGCAAGCGCCCCGACCCGCUCGGCUCGACGCAGGAGCCCAGACGGACCGACGGCAACCUGAACCAGAGCACCAACAACAGCACCUUCCUUUACUCAGCACUCAGGCCCAAAACGACCCCCCCACCUACCUCCACCAGGCAGCACAGCUCCAGAGGCCACUCGUCCUUGUCCGCGGCGCUGCCAUCAAGGCCCCCCAACAGAGACGGUAACAAGCACUCCUUCCUGUUCGGACACUCGGCAGGAGCGGACGCUCGGUCGGAGCCUCGCUACCACCCUCCCCCCGGUACCACCAAGCUGCCUAAGAGCAACGGGCAGCCGCUGACCUCCUGAGGUCCGUCCCAGUAACCUUUAAAAUGUCCCUCAGUGCUGCCCGUAUGUGUGAUACCUAAAAAUCACUCCCCUGUGACUGUGCUGUACAGAAAACUGUUUUUGUAUCUUUUUGUAUCUUCGAAUAAAUUCAAGAGAAAAGCAAAAAGAAA